CGUCACAUCUCAGCCGGCCGGGUCUCUCCGGUGUUCCUGUCUCCAGUGCCGGGUGUGUGUGUGUGUGAGGGAGACUGAGGGUGAGUGUGGAGGGUGAAUUUAUCGUUAAAACAGCAGAAAUGAGUCCUGCUCUCUGACUGGCCCACACACACUGAGCACCACCACCACCACCGCCUCUGGAUUUACCUUAUCCCUGACUGACUGACUGACUGACUGAGCACACUGUGGAGAUUGACGUUGUGGCAGAAAGGAUGUGUGACAUGGGAUCCGUCAAUAUUGCCAUGGAGGACAGCCUGUGCAAUGGGGGGAUGCAGACACAGCCCCAGGAGGCCCCUUUACUGACCCAUCUGAAGAAGGUGGAAAACCACAUCACUGAAGCACAGCGAUUCUCUCACCUCCCUAAACGCUCCGCAGUAGAUCUGGAGUUCUCUGACCUUUCCUACACUAUCAGUGAGGGACCGUGCUGGAAAAAACAAGGUUACAAGGCCCUACUCAAGUGUCUCUCUGGGAAGUUCUGUAGCCGGGAGCUUAUUGGAAUCAUGGGACCCUCAGGGGCAGGCAAGUCCACCCUGAUGAACAUCCUGGCGGGCUACAGGAAAACAGGAAUGACGGGGCAGAUCUUGGUCAACGGCAAGUCCAGAGAUCUGCGUACCUUUCGCAAAAUGUCAUGUUACAUCAUGCAAGAAGACAAGCUGCUACCCCACCUCACAGCUCAGGAGGCCAUGAUGGUUUCUGCCAACUUGAAGCUCAAUGAAAGUACUGAGGUGAAAAAAGAACUGGUGAAGGAAAUUCUUACAGCUCUGGGGCUCCAUGCCUGCGCCCAUACUCGCACAGUCUCUCUUUCUGGUGGGCAGUGCAAAAGAUUGGCAAUCGCCCUCGAGCUGGUGAACAACCCUCCAGUCAUGUUCUUUGAUGAGCCCACCAGUGGUCUGGACAGUGCCUCAAGUUACCAGGUGGUCUCAUUAAUGAAGUCUCUGGCACAAGGUGGACGCACCAUCAUCUGCACUAUUCACCAGCCCAGUGCCAAACUGUUCGAGAUGUUUGAUAAACUGUAUAUCCUGAGCCAGGGGCAGUGUAUAUACAAAGGGACUGUUCCAUACCUCAUCCCGUAUCUGAGAAACCUCGGGCUGCAUUGUCCAACUUACCACAACCCUGCAGAUUUCAUAAUCGAGGUGGCUUCAGGAGAGUUCGGGGAUUUAAACCCUGUUUUGUUUGAAGCUGUCCGAGGUGGAAUGUGUGUUCUGGAGGAGAAGAAGAACUGUUGUGAAAAAAAGGACACAUCAAAUCCUUGCCCAGCAAAAUGUGCUAAUGACUCUGGGCAUGUUGAGAGUCAUACAUUUGCAACAAGCAGUAUGACUCAGUUCUGCAUCCUCUUCAAAAGAACAUUCAUAACAAUUUGCAGAGAUCAAGUAUUGACGCACAUGCGGCUAAUGUCCCACAUCUUAAUUGGGGUGUUAAUAGGCCUGCUUUACCUCAACAUUGGCAAUGAUGCCAGUAAAGUGUUCAACAACACUGGAUUCCUCUUCUUCUCCAUGCUCUUCCUUAUGUUUGGAGCCCUGAUGCCCACAGUGCUCACAUUUCCUCUGGAGAUGGCUGUGUUUCUAAGGGAACAUUUGAACUACUGGUACAGUCUGAAAGCCUACUAUCUGGCCAAGACAAUGGCUGACAUUCCGUUCCAGGUCAUCUGUCCUGUUAUGUACUGUAGUAUCGUGUACUGGAUGACUGAGCAGCCUCCGGAGGCGAGUCGCUACCUACUCUUCUUGGCUUUGUCCAUCUGCACUGCCCUGGUAGCACAGUCUCUGGGACUUCUCGUUGGUGCUGCAUCCACCUCUCUUCAGGUGGCCACAUUUGUAGGUCCUGUCACAGCCAUUCCUGUCCUCUUGUUCUCUGGCUUCUUUGUCAACUUUGACACCAUUCCAAAGUACCUUCAGUGGAGUUCUUACGUCUCUUACGUUAGGUAUGGCUUUGAAGGGGUCAUUCUAUCUAUUUAUGGAAUGAAUCGCACAGAGCUGGACUGCCCAGGAAAAGUCUGCAAGUUUCAAAAGCCAGAGGAAGUUUUGCAGCUGCUGGAUGUAGAGGAUGCCAAGCUCUACAUGGACUUCAUCAUACUGGCCAUCUUCUUCAUCAUCCUUAGACUGGCUACAUACCUGGUGCUGCGCUACAAAGUCAAGAUUGAACGAUAAUAUUAAUUCCAGUCGUUCCUCUCUUCUGUGCCAACUCUCUGUAUGGUUUCCUUGUUCUAUGGUGUAUUUCCAAAGUGUACUGUAAGAUUAAGUGCCUACUCAGGAAAUUCACACUCAUUAUGGUAUACGUUAUAUAUAGCAGUGUGUUGCUUUCAUUGAGACACUACAGUAGUACUGCAAAGUAUUAUUGUUAUGACAGUAACAUGUCAUAGGACCUAAAAAGUAUUCCCGCCUUAAAGGGAACUUUUCUAGAUGUUUUUGAGGAUCAUGAGCAAGAUUCAUCUGAAGGUAUCACCUAAUGGUCAUUCAUAGUGGUCUACAUAUUUACUGCUCCUACAAAUAUGGCUGUUAAACAUAACUAAAGGAGGAUUAAAAAUGUAGAAAGACUGUGAAUGACCCGUACAGUGCCUAUGUUAUUAUAACAUAUCACAUUGCUAUAUCCAAGUUACCAGCCUUUGUCUUUCUUAAUCUUAGUUUCUUACAUUUAUUACUUAGAUUUAGGCCUUAACAUGAAAGUUGCCUACGUCGUAUGGUGCUCUGCUUUUAAAAUGUACUUUAAACCAAAGUAUGAUUUACAAACUUUUUUUAUCAAGUGUGUUUAUAUAUUAUACAAGGUUCAUAUUCAGUUCAACAUCUACUGUUUAAAUCAUGUGAAAAUGGGUUAAUAUAUUCCCAAUAAAAGGAUGAUAUUUAUCAGCAGUCACAGUCAUUGUUAUUAUUUAUGUUUUUAGAUUCAGUGUAAUAUCCCAGCUGCAUGGCUGAUUACUAAUACAGCAGUGUAAGAGGAAGAAUAUAAAGCAUGUUUUAAUCUUCUAUUGAUAGUGAAUUACCUUGUGAUUUCACCAAAAUCGCCAAAUUACGUACAGCUAUAGUCUAAUCUUUUGCUGUCUUUUUGGGACAUUUUUCAAACUAUUAUUUUCCAUGAGAUUAUAACACAGAUGAGCUGGAAGUUGCACACACAUGGUAUAUUAUGUGUAUUUUCAUUCAAAUAUGCAAUAAAAAACAUUUUUUUUUUAUCAAAAUCACCAAAUGUCGUAAGUCUAGUGUUUCCUUUUGGUUUAAUUUUGGACCAUUGGUGAAACUUUAUUUCUAUGAGAAUUUCUUGCCUGGGCAUGGUGUAUUGUAAGUAUUUUCAUUCAAAUAUGCAAUAAAACACUUUUUAUUGUUA